CUAUUUAAGGMGGCGGCGGGCACGGGGAGGUUCGGUGCGAUGGCGGCUCCGCGCCGGCCGAGCGGCGGGGGGCUGCGGAGGGCUCCGCAGGACGGGCGGCUGGAGGAGAUCAACAAGGAGUUUCUCUGUGACCCAAAGUUCAGUGAUGAAAAAGACCUGGAGGAGAAGCUGGCAAUGUUCAAAGAGAAAUACAUGGAGUUUGACCUGAACAACCAAGGCGAGAUUGAUUUGAUGUCUGUCAAAAGAAUGAUGGAGAAGCUGGGGGCUCCAAAGACCCACCUCGAACUGAAGAAGAUGAUCUCCGAGGUGACUGGAGGGGUCAGCGACACCAUCUCGUACCAGGACUUUGUCAACAUGAUGCUUGGGAAACGCUCUGCUGUGCUGAAACUGGUCAUGAUGUUUGAAGGAAAAGCCAAYGAAAGAAACCCAAAACGUUCUGGUCCACCUCCAGAGAGAGACAUAGCCAGCCUCCCUUGAAGAAGACAAGCUAUAAAAUGGGCACUGUUUGCUUUGCUGGUCUGUAACAGAGGUUACCUGUGCUUCCUUACUCUUUACUGUGGACAGUCCUAGUUUUCAACUAACCUGCCUUAGAGGAACAGAAAGGGAAGCUGGAGACCCCCAGCUCAUGUCUUUCUGCUGCAUCCCUUAGCCAGUGUGAUCUGUUAGACAGAAGCUGUAGCACCAAGUGUAAUGUGAGACCAAAAAGAACAAAAAAUACCMUGGGAUUUUACUCUUUCCUCUGCCCUUCCUGCAUUUCUUAGACGAGGAGCUCUUUUGUUCCCAGCAUGUGGAUUCAGGGCUGUGCUUAUCACAACAGGUUCCUAAUGGUCCUUGCUGCCAGACRUAGACAAAGCCCCUGAGAGCAGCUUCAGGGUGCAAAGACUUAAGUGCCUUCUCUGCUCCAUCCCCCCCUUCCUACUUCAGAUUUAGUCCUUCCYCUCCUGACCUCCCCAAAAUGCAAAUCAGGCUCCCACGACUGUCUGAUGAUAAGGGGAAUGUGGGAAUGUGCUUGGACACAGAGAUUUGCCUGCCCAGCCUUUGGAGUGGGCACCGCUGCCUGCAGGGACAGCUUGUGUCUGCUCCAGGGGCUCAUCCUGCAGGCAGAUCUUAGGGUCCCCCACCAGCCACUGCAAAGGGGGAUGGUUAAAACCACCCCGAGGACCCCCUCCCUGAUAAAUCUCAAUUUGGGUCUGACCAAGAGUGUAACCUCUGAGCAGGUGAUUGUCCCGUCCAUGAGAUGCAGAAACAAGCUGUGAUGCCUUUGUAGCCCCACAGGAUGCCUGGGGCAAGUGAAACCUUCRGGUGAAAGGAAGCUGAGUGACCAAACUGAGCCCUACCAGACCAGCUGCAGAUGAGGAUCUGUCCUCAGGCAGCUGCUCUGGCCCCCUGAUUUUUGCAGACCUCYCUGUGCGUGUUUCAGCUUGGUACCCUGGGACUGUCCAUUUCCCUGAGGGACAAGCCCUCAAGUCUGCAAAAUAAGAACGGCUCUAAGUGUGGAAUAUGAGCUGGGACUGUGCUAUCCAUGCUCUGGUUACUGGGGUGAUUCUUGUUCCAUACACAAUUUCUGGAAUCCAGGUGUUUGCUCUUUGCCCUUUCCCUACUCUYUUAUUAAACGUUCUUGACAGCUUUUAACUUUUUUAAAUCAUGGUUUAAUAAGUACAUUUUUUUAAAAGGAAAUAAAGRUGAUUAAUUGUACUAGGCUGAUUGUUCCUGCCAAAGGCUGCACUUUUAAAUAAAGAAAAGACACAACAAAAACAUUCUCACUACUGUUUGUGCAAAAACCAAAACUGUAAGGGGGAGAAAAAUUAUGAGCAAAAGCAGCACCAGUCUACUUCAAGAACUGAAAAUAAAUCUUCU